CUGCUCUCGGCCAUACGAUGUCCUCUGCAUUCGCGAAAGUGACUUUCUCUCGGCCACGCGACAUCGUCUGCUUUCGGCCGAAAAUCGUUUGGAUACGCCUACCAGGCGGGCAAGAUUUGAGAGAUCGUCGGAAGCCCUCUCGUGGCUGGCGGAUUCCGGUGACUGGUCCGAGAGCUCAAUAACUCGGGCUAAAACGUCGUACUCGAAUCAUGAUGUCCGUCAUCGCCAGAUGUCACCAUUGCUCCAAUCGCUAGCGUUCAAAGUUUUUUGCGGUGGUCGCUGACGAAGCGAUCUGCGAGACUCGGUCUUGUGCUCCAGUGAGAGAAGCUCACGCGUCGAAUCAAUGAUAGCCUGACCGAGGCUUAUCUCGGAUAAGUACUAGCUAGAAAGGCAAUCAAACUUGUUCCUCUCCGUCAUUCGUCGACUCGCCACGAUUCCUUGAA